AUGCAGGCAUAUCUGGCCAAGAACUAUCUGUCGGGCGACGCACCUACUCAAAAUAAGAAGAAAAAACCCAAAAAGGUCGCAAACGCAACAACCCGUGUUGUCGACGAGGAGGUCGAUGACUGGAAGACUCGGAAGCCAUCUGGAGCUGAUGAAGACGUUGACGAAACGGCUCCGAUAAUAGUAGACGAUGCUCCAAUACAAGAUUCGCCAUUCAAAUCAUCUAAUUGGAAGAGGAUUCAAGGCAAUGACGAUAAUGAUGACGAGGAGGAAGCUCAAGCUGCUCUAGACGCUCGACAGUCUGGUAGAUAUGAAGAAGAUGACGCAGAGGAUGAUAGACCACGUAAACGUAGGAGGCGUCACUCGUCGGAUGAUGAACAAGAGGAUAUCCGUAGCAACCAUCGUACUGCUUCAUCACCAGACUCGAAUAGAGGGAGGAGGAGAAGAGACUCAUCUACUCCACCACCUACAUCAUCGCAUAAUAAAGCAAAAAUGUCUGAUGGUACAUCGGCUGGCCUACAAACCUCGGCAAUGGUAAAAGCUGAUCUCGACAAGGCCAAACGAGAACAAGAUGCCCAACUAGCUCAAUUGGGCAAUCGUGGAGGCCGUGACGCUGAAACUAUAUAUCGUGACAAGACGGGUCGAAAAGUAGAUGUAGUCGCUGAACGGGCUGAACUGCUAGCUCAACGACGAAAACGUGAACUCGAGGAAGAAAAGCAAAUGGAAUGGGGUCGUGGAUUGGCUCAAACUCGGGAAAAAGAAGAAGAAUCAAAGAGAUUGGAAAUUGAACGCCAUGCUCCGCUAGCAGUGUAUAAAGAUGAUGUGGGUUAUAACGAAACAUUGAAACAGCGUGACCGAUGGGGUGAUCCUAUGGCUGGUCUGGUCAAGAAACCUGUAGCUGGAAAGAAGGAAUAUCCUAAAUAUAAAGGUCCUUGGGCUCCUAAUCGAUUCGGUAUACCGCCUGGAUAUCGUUGGGAUGGUGUUGAUCGAGGUACUGGAUUUGAAAACAAGCUCUUCCUCAGUAAGAACUCAAAAGGUGCCACAGUUGAUGCAGCAUACAAGUGGUCUACCGAGAGCAUGCAGGACGAGCUGAAAUUCAAGAACUUUUCCAAGAACCCAUUUGCAUUCUCUCACGCCACAAUUGAUAGGGACUAUGUCUUUAUGUGUGGUCAGCUUGCCAUGAAGGAUGGCAAAUUCUCGCAAGGGACGAUUCAGCAUGAGACGACUACUGCUAUGGAUAUGUUUGGUGCUGAUCUGAAGGAGCUUGGAUUAAGUUUCGCCGAUGUGGUCAAGCUAAACUUGUUUGUUACAUGUCUAAAGAAUCCAGCUGAAGCUUUAUAUCUCGUAUUACGUACUGAGAAGUGCUUUGAAGAAGGAAAGGCUCCAAGCUCAACUAUUGUUGGCGGAAAGAUCGAGAUUGACCUCACAGCUAGGAUUCCAAAGGGUCACAAAUUAUAA